GGCGCCUCGAGACAACUCCGUGGCUCGUGUUGAUGGCCUCCAAUUUGUGGAGUUCGCGGCGAGAGGAUCCACACGGUACAGCUGGAGAGGGAUUCAAUGGCUAAUUUCGAAGUUGAUUUGUCGGAGAAUCUAGAAGAAUACCUUCAAAAUUAUUACCGGAGAACUCACUGGAAAUGAAGAAGAUGGGCAGAUUCCUGUGAAUUCGCUGAAGGGCUCGGUUCAAGUUUACUCACAAGAAAGUUGAGUACUUGUAUAAUUUGGUUCUACAUGAAGUGAAUGUAUACCAUGGUUGCCACUGUUUAUAUCAGAGGAGUGAUGUCAUUUUGUCCAGCGCAGCCUAAGAGAUGUUUUAGAAAAGUCCCAACACUUUGAGUUUAAGAGUCAAAUGAGCUUCAUGACCGAGUUGCUACCCCAUGGAUGAAUGAUUGUGCUUUUUGAUAAUAAACUAUAGAUUUUUAGUUCUGCUUUAACAUCAACAAAGUCUAUUUUUUGUGUUUAAUAUGAAUAUCCGAAUUCUGCAACAACAAUGACAAUUAGCAACGGAGAUGUCAAAUCUGAUACCUGCAACAAUGGUUCUUCUGAGAAGAAACCUUUCAGGAUCUUUGUUGGUUACGAUCCACGCGAAGAUCUUGCUUACCAAGUCUGUCGUCAUUCAGUCACCAAAAGAUCUUCAAUCCCUGUAGAGAUCAUACCGAUUGUUCAAUCAGAUCUUCGAAAGAAAGGUCUGUAUUGGAGAGAAAGAGGUCAGUUAGAGAGCACUGAGUUCUCUUUCUCUCGUUUCUUGACUCCUCAUUUGUCCGAUUACCAAGGUUGGGCUAUGUUCGUCGACUGCGAUUUCCUCUACCUUGCUGAUAUCAAGGAACUUACUGAUUUGAUCGAUGAUAAGUACGCGAUCAUGUGUGUUCAACAUGAUUAUACUCCUAAGGAGACUACUAAGAUGGAUGGUGCGGUUCAAACCGUUUACCCGAGGAAGAACUGGUCUUCGAUGGUGCUUUACAAUUGUGGACAUCCUAAGAACAAGACCUUGAGCCCUGAGAUUGUUAAUACUCAGACUGGUGCGUUUCUUCAUAGGUUCCAGUGGCUUGAGGACGAAGAGAUUGGGUCUAUUCCCUUUGUGUGGAAUUUCCUUGAAGGGCACAAUAGGGUUGUUGAGAAGGAUCCCACCACGCAGCCUAAAGCGGUGCAUUAUACUCGUGGAGGGCCUUGGUUUGAUGCUUGGAAGGAUUGCGAGUUUGCGGAUCUCUGGCUUAAUGAGAUGGAAGAGUACAACAAAGAGAGCAAGAAAGAAGCCGAUAAUACGAAGAAGUAGAAAGAAAGAAGUAAGAAGAAGAAGAGGUAUGUUGUUACUUACCAACACGAGUAGUGCACUUCCCUAAAGAUUUCGUUACAUGUAUUACAUAUAGUUUUGGCUUUGUAGAGCCACGGAUCUUUAGUCUUGUGGAGGGCUAUGAAGUUAUAUUUCAUUGAAUUCGUUAAAUCAUUUGCAACACUAAUACCAAUAUUAAGGUCUUAUGGUAUAAUAACCCUAUUCGUUUGUUUGUUGUGUUUGUACCUUUAAUGGUAUUUUAUUUGUAUAAUUGCUCUCAAAUUAAGCAACUUAUUUGAU